AAAUCCAUGGUAAGCUUAUUAGGCUAACUUCAGUAGUUUAAGCCCUUAGUUUAUUAAAAAAAAAAAAAGGGAAAAUACGGGAAAAUGUCUGAAAUUCGGUUUGUGUACAUUGGAGGGAAACGGCCCGGUUCCGUUUCACCUGUCUCCCUUUCGUUCCACAUCCGAGCCCGAGAACGCGGUGGAGGCGCACAAUGGCGUUCCCUAUGCUCUCGUAGAAAGGUACCAAGAUGGCGGCCUCCAUUCUCAGCUCGACUUUUCUCGCGUCCAUCCCGGGGAAGCCUUUUCGCCCCGAGAGCCACUUUCAUUGUUCCUCGAUCCGUCGAGCGCGAAGGUUCGAGCCGGGAAUCGAAACGCCCACGCGAACCGAAAUCGGAGCGACCUAACCUCACUUUCUUCCGAAGCGGUCCAACCUAACCUGCGCGACCCAAGCUGGAUCAUUUCCGUCCUCGAGAUUCGACAUUUCUCGUCCUUUCGACGAAACUCAACAAGUGCAGUUUCACUUUUUCUCAAUUUCGGAAGAAAAUCGAGAGCGAGGGAGAUACUCCGAAAGGAGCGCCAAUCGACGGGGCCAAUCCGGAUAGAAGAAAAUGGCGAUUCGGAUGCUGAUGAUCUUGAUUUUGACAUCCUCCACGAGACUAAUUCACGCCCAUACCGGAGGCUGGGAAAAGUGUGGGGGAAGAUUGGAACGAGCCCUGGAAGCCUUGCAUAGAGAGUCCACCAGGAGAAAUAGACUGGAAGAAGAGGAAGGCAUCGCUUAUCAGCACGAGUUGCGAUCAGCUCCCUUGGAUAUGACCGUAUCGCACGUUGCCGUCAAGCUCCCUCAGGAUUUAACGGUGCGAGGAGGACCCUGGGCCCAAGUCGAGAGAUGCGUUUACGAGCCGGAAAAUAAUUCCCUGCAGACGAGGUUGAUCUUCAACGACCUUUCCGUUUCCGGAUUGGUGUCCAUGCUACCGAGGGACUUUCAUGUACCGAUGCCUGCGGAGUCCUGCAGGAUGACCUUGAGACUUCGAAGAGCUGGAAUGGAGUUCUACACCAGUCCGAUUGCUCGUGGAAAAGGCCAGAUGCGAAUUCGAACGGAAUCCAGCUUUCUGGAGCCUAGGUUCGUCUCCAUUUACGCCUAUGGAUGUCGUCCAACGCGUCUGGAUAAACAAAUCAAGAGGCAAGACAAGUGGCCGCCACAUCACCCUCUCAGUCUACAACAGGACAUCGGAUUGGACCUUGGAGAGAUUCCGGUGCCUUUGGGAGAUCCUUACGACCCACCUGAGCCUCGUGAGCUGGCAGCUGCUUCGAAGGAAGAAGACCUGGCAGUUGCGAAUGAAAAUCGUCACUCUCGAGCACUGCUCACUCCGGAGGCUAAAUUAGGCAUCUGGAGAAAAAGUACAUGGAUCACUAAGAUUCGUCGAAGAAGAUCCACCAAGUCAGAGUUGCCUCGAAACCUCAUCGUACGCCUUAUAGAAAGUCGUUCCCCAGUGGACGAUGGUAUUAAAACAAAAAGGAGUUCCACCUCUUCGAGCAAGCCUUUCGAUACAGUCGAUGAAACUGGAUCCAAUGAAGAUCCCUUCGGUGUAUCGAAGCUUCUGAAAUUAUGGAACCGUAAUGAAAGAUCAACGGAAGACAUCACUCCAAGAGACUUCGCAGCAGCUUUGGCUAGGAAGUCUUCGAAACACAUGGUCGAUGUAUUAAACUCUACCAUAACCUUACAUAACGUGUCGAGGACUCAGGAUGGCAUCAAAGACCUUACUGAAAACUCUUCAUCGAAAAAUAACUUCAAGAGAGAGACUACCACCACUCCGUUGAUUGAAUAUCCAAGGGAAGGAAGAAACCUUCCGAUCAAGGAAGACGCGGUACCACUGCAUUUGGAUUUGGACUCCCACUCGAGGGAUUGGCAACUCGGAGAGGAAAUUGCUAGGGAAAUGGAGGACGUAUUCCUCAGGGGAGCCAGCCAAGCUCUAACCAGGUACAUCGAAAGACAACUUCAUCCUGCGAUCAAAGAGACACUCAUGCUGUCGAUGGGUUAUACUAUUAGCUACGGAUAGACAUUACUGACGGUAAACUGAAAUCCCCCUCAAAUCAGUCAAUUCGAAUACGAAACUUUUUUUAAGGGUAUUGAAUAAAACCGUCAGAGAUUUUGACACAUGACUCGUGAACACCUAGGAAUUAUUCUGACCCUUUCAAAAUUUGGAUUUUUGACAAACAUAUUAUCGUAAUUAACUUACUGUGUAUAAUAAUUUAAUGAAUAUCUUAAAUUAUACAAUCCUAUUUUCAUCGUAGGGGUAUUUUCUUGUUCUCUGUUACUAAACAAUGUAGUUACGUUUUAAGGUGUAUCGUUGAAAUAAGCCAGAUAUUUAUUUUAGUCAAUAAUUAGCCUAAAGUAAUAGAGGUAUACAAAGGAAUUACUUCUUAACUCUGGUUUGUAAUACUCUGACUUAGAAAUUCCAUUUUUAACGACCGCA